AAAGGAUAUAAACAUUUGUGUCUUUGACUUUAACAUGAACUCUCAACACAUCUAAGCACAUCUCCAAAAGCAUGUUUUAUAGCCUUAUAUACAAAAUGGACUCCAGAAAAGAUUCUGUUUAAUAUCAAUGGAUUAUCGCUUCACGGGUCUGAAUAACACUGAAGCAUUACUGAAAACCCAUCUUCCUAUAUUGUUGGGGACUCCUUCACUUUGGGAGCAGAACUCCAAGGAAAGCUGCAAGAUGGUGGUCAAGAAAUGGCAGGCUCUUCUUCCACAACUACAGCAGGGAAAUCAAAGCUGGAUACACUGUCAAAAGAAGAUCUUAUCAAAUUUGCAAAGAAACAAGUGAUGUUACUACAGAAAAUGAAGUCAAGAUGCACAGAACUAGAGAGAGAGAUUGAAGAGGUGAAAACAAAAUCUGCAGGAGGAACUGAUGAUAUUAUACAGGCUCUCACAGAGAGACUGGAUGCAGUUCUUCUGGAAAAAGCAGAAAUCCAACAGCAAUGCCUCGCUCUGAAAAAAGAGAAUGUGAAAAGACAACAAGAAGCAGAGGCUGCUCUGGCUAAAGAAGAAAAAUUGCAGAAGCAGGUUGCACAAGGGAACACUGCCUACCUGAAUGAAAUUGAAAGUCUUAAAAAUGAAAUUGCAACAUCACAAUCCAAACAUGCUGAAGCUAUAGCCACAUUGCAAAAGGAACUACAUACAGAACUGAAGAAACAAGAGAAGCUCACUGAACAGCUUGAAUGUUAUAGUAAUAGUCGUGAAAAAAUGAAAAAACUGCAGGAAGAGGUAGAUCAAACAAAAACCAUCUAUGAAGAGCAGGUAUUGGGUCUGCAGAAACAGUUGAAAGCUUGUGAUGAGGCUAAGAAGGAGGAAAUUGCCAAACUGGAAGAUGUUAUUGAAAGUAAUUCUCAGUAUCACCAAAAUGAAAUAAAUAAAUUAGAUGAAGAAUUAUCCAAACUGAAGACUGCUCACCAGAAGGAGUUGUCAGAGUUGAUACAUCAGUUUGAAACCACUGCUAAAGCACGUGAAGAUGAGCAAAACAAAUUAGAUCAGCUAAAGCAGGACUUAGUAGAAGAGUACAAGCUAAAAGAGAAAAACAUGCAGGAUGAAUUGCAUGCUUGUAAAGAGAAGUAUGACUGUGAAUUGGAAUACAUAAGGCAAACUUUGGCUAAAGAUGAAGAAAUGGAGACUAGAAGUGUAGAAUUGGAACCAGAAAUGGGAGAAAAGACCAGGCAAUUAGAAAACGCUUUAAAAGAAUUACAAUCUCAGCACAGUAUACUAAGAGAUGAAUUAACCUAUAUGAGUAACGUUAAGAUGAAACUGGAAGUGGAACUUCAACAGACAAAGGAUGAAUAUUUUCAUGAGAAGGAAGAUUUAGAGUUCAAAAUUAAUGAACUGCAACUUGCCAAAGAGGAUCACAGUUGUUUAACUGAAAAACUAAAAUCGGAGCUUCAAGCAGCUAGAGAACAACAUGAGAAAACUGCGAAAGAGAACAGCCAGGAAAUUCAAGAACUAGUAGAAAAGCAUAAAAGGGAGAUCUGUGAGAUUAAAGAAACAGUAUCAUCUACUUUAGAGGCAAAAAAUCAGUCCUUGGUUAUUGAAAUACAAAAUCUGAAAGAACACUGUCAGAGGCAUGUAGAGGAGAAAGAAGAAGCAAUUGCUAGUUAUGAAAGCUUGCGAGAAACUCUGGAGACUUUACAAACUGAGUUGGGGGAAUCAGCUGGUAAGAUAAGCCGAGAAUUUGAAUCCAUGAAGCAGCAGCAAGCUUCUGAUGUUGAUGAACUACAGAAGAAGCUUAGAGUGGCUUUCAAUGAGAAGGACGCUCUUCUUGAAACAGUGAAUCGUCUCCAGGAAGAGGUAGAACAGUUUUCCUCCAAAAGAGAAGAAGCAGAAGAACUGAGGCAUAAAAUAGAAGAACUUAAGGAACAGAAUGAGAGACUUGUUAUUUCUCUUCAGCAGAGAGAAGCCUUUAUAAAAGAAUUGGAAGAGAAGGAGAGGGAGCUCUUCUCACAGAACAGUAGUAUCUGUGAUGAAAUGAAGUACUCUGCUGAGAAAAUAGAAAACCUCCAAGAAAAAUGUGAUGUGGAGAAAGCGAUGGCUGUGAAACUUCAACAACAGACUGAAGCUCUUAACCUUUGUAACCAUGUGUUAGAACAACAGGCAGCAGAAUUAAGAGAGAAACUGGAAAGUGCUUCGGUGGAACAAGAAAAAAACCAGCAAAAGCUGCGGGAAUUCUCGCAACAAAUUGAAGCCCUUCAGCAAGAGAAAGUAUGUCUUUUGUCAGAAUUAGAGAGUUUGCAUGGUGAGAAUAUUAAAAUAAAAGAAGAAAGAGAGAUAGCAAUGGAAAGCAUUGCCUCUGAAAAAGUGGACUGGCACAUCUCUAAAGAGAAAGCAGAUUGCUUAGAAAUGGAACUGCAAACAGCCUGUAAAGAAAAAGACCAUUUGACUAAGCUGCUUGAUGAGGAAAAGGCCUUCAAAUCACUCAUUAUGAGUCAGCUGCAUGUCCUUCUUGAGAGGAUGGGCUCUAAAUAUCCAGAGGAAAACGACAGAGAUGAUGUUUUUGGUAUACUGGAAGCUAUAAACAAAUUCUUGGAAAAUAUGAAACAGGAAGAACAAAAUAUGACUUCGCAGAAGGAUGAAAAUGUUAUUCUACGGCAGGAGAUGCAGCGGCUUCAGGAAGAAAGUGAGGCUGAUUGUAUGGAACUUAGAUCUCGACUGGAUGAUUAUGAAAAAGAAAAGCGCCUUUUAAACAAGGAGUUAGAAGGGGCUCUCUCAGAAAAAGAAGCCCUCCAACUAGAUAUCCAAGAGUUAAAGCACACCAGUGAAAAAGUCAGGAAUGAGAAUCAAGAACUUCUUGCCCGAAUUGGACAAAUGUGUGAACAACUUGAACUUCAUGAAAGCAAAACAAAAGAGCAAGAAGAAAAAUUGGAAGAAGAGCGAAAAACAUUAAGCUUAGCCGUGGAGCAAAAAGAAAUGGAGCUGAGAAGUGUACAAGCUGAACUUUCUUUGCUAAAGGUUUCUGUGGAAGGCUCUUCAGCUAAUGUUGACCAACAGUCAUCAGAAACACACAAAAUAGAAAAUUUGGAAAAACAUCUGAAAGAGAAGGAAGAAAAAUUAAACAAAAUUAAAGCAGUUGCUGUAAAAUUGAGGAAAGAAUUGGAUUCUAGCAGGAAAGAGGUACAGACACUUAAAGAAGAACUGGCAUUGUCACAGUCAGAGAAGGAGCAACUAUCUACCUCGAUGGGAGACAUUAUUCAAGGAGCUGAGAGCUAUAAGAAUCUUUUACUAGAGUUUGACAAACAAGCAGAACAGCUGGAUUUUGAAAAGGAGCGAGCUCGUAAUUUUGAACGGCAAGUUGAUGACCUUACAAGACAGCUGGAGAAUUCAACUCAGCAGCAAGACCAGUGCCGCUCUGCUAAUGAAGAUCUCUUGGCUCGUAUUGAGACUCUACAGACUAACACAAAGCUUUUAGAAAGCCAGCUAUUAGAAACACAGAGAUCCAAAGCAAAAGUUGAUAAAGAACUUGAAGCAGAAAAACUUCUAAAAGAACAAAAAAUUAAGGACCAUUCUAAUGCUGUAAAAGAAGUUGAAGAACUCCAGGUACAGCUCCAGAAAGAAAAGAGACAUCUUCAAAAAGUGUUAGAAGAGUUGGAAUUGGCAAAGAAGGAUGCACAGAAAAGUACAUUGAUGGACAUGGAAAUAGCUGAUUAUGAACGUUUUGUAAAAGAACUUAAUCAGAAAAUUGCUGACAAAAGCAGCAGAAUUGAAGACCUUGAACAAGAGAUUAAAAUUCAAAAACAAAAGCAAGAAACUCUACAGGAAGAAAUCAAGUCAUUUCAGGGUACUAUACAACAGUAUGAGGAAAAGAAUACCAAGAUCAAACAGCUACUGGUGAAAACAAAAAAAGAAUUGGCAGAUUCAAAGCAAGCAGAAAAUGAACUACUUAGACUUCAAGCAUCAUUAAAAGGAGAAUUGGAAGCAAGUCAGCAGCAAGUGGAAGUUUAUAAGAUUCAGUUGGCUGAGAUAACCUCAGAAAAACACAAAAUUCAAGAACACCUUCGGACUUCCCUAGAGCACCACCAGCGGGUUCUGAAUACUUAUCAGCAGAAACUGACAGCUUUCCAAGAAGAGUGCAGUGCAGCAAAGGCAGAACAUGCUGCUGUUACCUCUGAAUUUGAGAGCUAUAAAGUCCGUGUACAUAAUGUUUUAAAACAGAAAAUCAAAAGUUCCCAAUCUGACACUGAUGUGACAAAACAAGAAAGAGAACAAAUGGAAAAGGUAAUGGACCAACUAAGGAUCAAAUUACAAGACACUCAGCAUAACUUACAAAUUAAUGUAACUGAACUGCAGGCAUUACAAUCUGAACAUGACACCCUGCUGGAAAGACACAAUAAAAUUCUUCAGGAAACUGUGGCAAAAGAAGCAGAGCUCCGAGAAAAGCUCUGCACAGUACAGUCUGAAAACAUGGUGAUGAAGACAGAACAUGCACAGAUUGUGAAUCAGCUGACAGCCCAAAAUGAAGCUCUUAGGAACAGCUUCCGUGAUCAAGUCAGACAUCUACAAGAAGAGCACAGGAAAACAGUGGAAACAUUACAACAGCAACUGUCCAAAGUAGAAACUCAGCUAUUUCAACUCAAAAGUGAAGCAAACACCAAAAGCCCUCCUGCUUCCAGCCUACCAGCGAAGAACUUGCGAGAACGGAAGAACACCGACCUUCCUCUUCUUGACGUCCACACUGUAGCUAGGGAGGAGGGUGAAGGAAUGGAAAUGACUGACACAGAGUCUGUAUCAUCUACUAGUACCCACAUACCAUCCUUAGAACAGCUUCUUAAUACGCCAGAAACAAAAUUCGAACCUCCACAGUGGGAAGCAGAGCUCACAAAAGAACAAUUGAUCCAGAAAUUAAAUACCACAUCAAAGAGUGCUGAUCAUUUAAAUGGGUUGCUUCGUGAAUCAGAAGCAACCAAUGUAAUUCUAAUGGAACAAAUAAAGCUUCUUAAAAGUGAAAUAAGGCGUUUAGAAAGGAACCAAGAACGAGAGAAAUCUGUUGCCAAUCUGGAAUAUUUGAAGAAUGUCCUGUUACAAUUUAUAUUUCUAAAGUCAGGUAGCGAAAGAGAGAGACUUCUUCCUGUCAUAGAUACCAUGUUGCAGCUGAGUCCAGAAGAGAAAGGAAAACUUGUUGCAAUUGCUCAAGGUGAAGAGGAGAGCACAUCACAGCCAUCUGGGUGGGCAUCAUAUUUGCACAGCUGGUCUGGACUCCGAUAAUAUUCUAUAUUUAUUGAAACAUUCAGAAUCUGGAAUUGCACUGGGAGGAACACUGAAGAAUGAACCAUAUAUAUGUGUAGCAAGGGUAACUCUUAUUGAUUCUUCUGUUGAUUAUUUUAUAUCUGAUUUUGACUUAAUAUCUGGAGAAUAAUAUACCAGUAGUCUGGGUGCAGAUUCUCUCCUCUGUUUAUUUUGCUAUAGGUGUAGGAACUCUGAUGCAGCUAUUCAGGUUUCUUUUAUUCAGGUUCCCUCUCCCCUAUUAGAGGAGGCAGAUUAGUACACAUAUCCUCUUCUGUCUUUGAAGCCCCUUCCCCUGGAAAUGAGUCUGUAAGUUUGCACAUAGAAAAUUUUGCAACUACCUUGGAACUCUGGAUGUGGUAGUAUCUCACUUCAGGAAACAUAUUUUUUUAUUUGUCUAAAAAAGGUGAGCUAUGCAAUUUAGUGAUCAAUGAUAAGGAUAAACUCAAUUCGUAAAUCCAAACAUAUGAUUUUGAUUUUCUUUUCUUCCUCAGCAUUGGUCCUUUAAUGCCCCUCCCCCCACACCACAUAAAUAUUUUACUUAGCAAGGUACCUGAACACAUUCUUUUCGACUUGGUUAUUCAUCUCAAAGCAAGAGACAAAUACAAAAAUGAAGUCUUUGGCUCUCUGCCCUACAUUCAAUUUAUUCAACACUAGGAAUGUUGCCAAACUUACUUAGUGAUUCCUCCAGCUAAUAAGGUAAUGUCUAGUGCAUAGGACAUUGCUGUGUCAGAUCCUUCAGAAUGUGUACUAAAUCGCUAGUUAAUAAGUACUGGAGACAAGCUGCUUUAAUAACUUUAAAAACAAAGCAAAAAGCUUCACAUAAAGUGUAAUAGGGCAUUGUGUUCUGAUGCUUAAACACCUAUUGACACAGUUGUAUUAGUCUAGUCAUAAGGGCUAAAGAUAGAAUGGAGGAGAUCAAGUAAUAGAAUAGCUUGAUGUAGGUUGUGAAUCUUAAAUGGAAUGAGUAGUAGUCAUCAGUUUGAGCGCUUUGUGAAAACAAGCAGGAGUGUUAAACUUCUAGUUAUAUGCUUGAUCUCUGAACUCUGAUUCAGCAUUUCAUCUCUCUUCAUAUAAAAUGGAGAUGCAGAAGUGUAUAGAGCAGGAUCCAGAUUUAUUCAUACAGUAGACCAAGGAUGAGAAUCGUGUAGCCUUCCAGAUAUUGAACUGAAGCUUCCAACACUUGUUGUUUUUAGCUAUGCUGUCUGCAGCAGCUGGGACUUGCAGUUCAACAGCAUUUAGAUGGCCACACAGUUAGCACUGCUGGAGUGGACUUACUGAAAUUUAGUCAUGAGUAAUGUAAGUCUCAUUUUUUUCAGUGCACCUACUUAAACAUAACUAAGGCUAGAUAGAUCUAACAACUGUUUGCACAGUACUUUCUGCUCUCUCCUGCUUUCCCAUAAAUGCUAGGAGUCAUAUUCCUUCCUCACACCAAUACAUGAAUUGGAUUGAGAAAAAGGAAAUCUGGAUGAAAUUGUUGGUCAGCUGAUUAAGUCAGAACUGCUUUUUUGAAAUUGCUUUUAUGCAGUGGAGUGGAGAUUUCAAUGUAUAUACAUUGAUGCUACUUACAAACUCAUUCCAAUGCAGUCAAGGUACAAGUGACUACUUAGGGCAGUUACUCAUUCGCAUAGAUAAAAAGAAUUGAUAAGGAAGUGCUAGUAACUCAGAGAAGGAAUGUAAAUGGCAAAUCUAGUGUAGAGGUAUUUAGGAGUCUUUUGUCUAGGCUAAUAAACGUGUUUUGUAAUCCACUACUUGAACACGUAUUUUCAGAUACAAGAAUAGCAUAGCAGACUACACUAGGUCUUUCAAUGUAACAUGAAACCAUAAACUUGCAGCUACUGCUAAUCCACCAAUUUAAUUUUUACUGUUAUAUUGACCUACCUUGAAAACAACUGGAAGGUGAGCUCAUUUUAGGCAUAUGAAACCUUUUAAGUAUUUGUCAUCAGUAAUGACAAGUGCACAAUUUAAUUUAUUAUAUCAGAAAUGUCUUUGUGCCACUUUUAUAGCACAGGCAGUAAGGGGAGGAUAUCUGAUUUAUUGCAGCAUCUGUAAUUGUCAUAGACGCACAGCGACAUCUGCACUGACUUUUCAAAAUACAGCCAUUUUACCUUUUGUCAUCAAGUGUUAAUUUCACUGCAAGCAAUGUUACUGGAAUUUCUUUUUUUAAAUCCUACAAGGAUAGCGCCGAGGGUCAGAUAUUCUGGGAUAUGCCCUGUCAUAUACUUCUACAUGUUUAAACUCAGCAGGAAAAUAUCUUUGCACUUUCUUUAAAAGUUCACUUUUCCUGAAGUGGUACCUGAACACUGGCUACUGAUGGAAAAUAAUUUCUCUGUCUGCACAAUAUUGUUAAGAAGCUGUGACAAAGCAAACAUUUUGUCUUUUUAGUCAUUUCAAAGCCUAUUUUGUUGUUCCAAACUGUGAAUAAAUUAUGCAUAUAGUUUACUUUUGUUACUUUACAAUUUUAAAUGUAUAUUCAGUAUAUUAAUUAAAAUACUAUACUUGCAAAUGUAACAUUUUAACAUGCUCUAAACAACCUUUUACUACACAGAAAGUUUAGAAAUCUGGGCAACGGGUGGAGAAUUCAGAUUAAAAUGAAAAGUACAAAACAUGA